AUGGCAUCUUCGAAACUUGAAGACUUAUUGGGCGAGUUUCCUCUCUUGGACUCCACACUCGUUAUCGCCAUCGCCAGUGAAGUCAACCUGGAUGAUGCUGCCCAACUUGACACUGUCAAGGGCACCCUGCACAGCCUUGCUCAGAAUGUCCUGGCUGAGGAAGCAACUGGCUUCAAUGCCAGCGGCGUUCCUGAUGUCGUUGGCUCCAACGACGUUGCCUCCGAUGCGAAGGACAGCUCGACCAACGUAUCUGAUGGCUUUCACCUGAGGGAUUCCGAUUCCUCAGGGACCAGGUUCACGAGUCCCCCGCCCCCAGAGGAACCUGAGUAUGAUGUUCCGCGCAUCAAGACUUUUGAUGGUGAUUCGGACCAGGAGAAGCUAUCUCAGCUCCAGGCCAUGUUUUCGGACUUGAAAUCUCAUGACAUCAGCUUUGCUCUUAAGAAAGCCCAGGGUGAUUUUCAAGUGGCUCUGGAGACCCUGCUGAACCUACAAUAUCUCGAGUCCAUCGGCGAAAGGCCAAAGGGUGUCGAUGGCUUCUUCCAGCCGGAGCAUCUAUCAAAGACAUCCGGCAAGAAGAAGGGCAAAGGAAAGAAAAGGAAAGAUCUGUCCACCGCCUUGUCCUCAAGCUCAAGUAGCGUUCAUGAAGGCUCUGGUGGGAUCGAAGACCACGAGAGAACCGAGAAGAUCCUCUUCAUUGUAGAAAAGCUUGCCUUGCCGUUUGAUGAAGUAUCUGACGUCUUUGACUCCCUCAGGGGAUCUGUGGAACGCACCAUUGUCGAGUUUUUGGAACGCUACAUUAAGCAAGGCGUCGUGGUCGAGGCCAGCGGUGGCGACCAUGGGAAGCAGCAUGUACAGGAAUUGAAGAAGCAGUAUCGGCACGUACCCGAAGAGCUCUUGUCUCCCUUAGUUGAAGUUACUGCGGGUGACCACCACUGGACCGAAGAAGUCGCCGCCUUGCUCAACCGCUACUUUGGCAAGUUGCCAGCUAGGAGGCUCGACAUCGACUACAGACUCGCUCCAUUGGCAAACGAAGAGGUAGAUGGCUCCUCUGAAAGCUGGCAGAGGGCGGCGUCACCGAAGAUGUCAGUCAACCCUACUGGCAGGUCUAUCAACAGCCCCACCUUGGCACCACGCACUUACAAACAAGCCAUGGAUACUGCUGGUGUCUAUCGCGAAGCUAGCACUCAUUCGUUUAGUACAGCUGGUCAAGUAUACAAGAAAGGGCACUUGUACAGACAGGCAGCAGGAUUCUUUGCUGAGCGUGGCCGCGAAGAGGCACGCAGCUUUGCAAAGGCCAAGAGUGAAGCUGCUGACAUACAGGUGGCUAGCACUAGCAACAGGAACGCAAUCGAUCUCCACGGCAUACAAGUGGCAGACGGUGUUCGUAUUGCAAGAGAACGCACCUGGGACUGGUGGAACAACCUAGGCGAGUAUCGCUCGAGGAAGGCGCAAGAAGGCUUCACGAUUGUUACGGGCCGGGGCCUCCACAGUGCCGGAGGAGUCUCGAGACUGAGACAGGGUGUUAUCGCCGCCCUGAUCAACGACGGUUGGAAAGUUUCGGUCGAGACUGGGAGCUACCGGGUAACCGGUCGACGCUCAUAG